AUGACCACAGCACAUCGUCCCACAUGGGCACCCGCGAAGGGUGGAGAGGAGCAAGGUGGAAUGCGCAUCUUCGCCCCCAGCAAGCAGCAGUCGGUCAAGGACCUGCCGUCGCAGACUAGGCUGAAGUUUAGGCAAGAUGGACAGAGCAAGGCGGAGGAGCUUUCCCAGAAAGACUUGCGGGCGGAGUUGGAAGAGAAGGAGCGGGCUCACUACUUGAAAAACAAAAUUCACACCUUUGAGGAGGAGCGAGAAGAUGACCUGAGAUUACUGCAGAGCGCUUCCCAUGCUCGAGAGGAACCGCCGCGAACCCUGAUACCCAAAGCGGCCGAUGCCGACGACGAGGACGACUCGGAUGCUGCGGGAUCCAGCGACGACGAUGAUGAUGACGAGGUGCAGGAUGACGAGGCAGAGCUGCUGGCGGAGCUGGCGCGCAUCAAGGCUGAACGCGCUGAGGAGGCUGCGAGGAAGGCAGCGGCUGAAGCCGCCGCCGCGGAGUCUGUGAACCAGGCCGAACUCCUGCGUGGCAACCCCCUGCUCAAGGAGAAACUGCAGGCGGCGGCCGGCGGCGACGCCAGCUUUGCCAUCAAGAGGCAGUGGGACGACGACGUCGUGUUCAGGAACCAGACCCGCGGCGAGCCCAAGGCCCAGAAACGCUUCAUCAACGACACCAUCAGGAACGACUUCCACAAGCGCUUCCUCGAGAAGUAUGUGCGAUAG